UUCCAAUUUUAAAUAUUUUACAAAAAAAACCCUCUCAAGUCCUAUAAAUUCUGCAAAAACCCUCAACAAAAUCAAAGAAAGAUAAAGAAGCUACACAGGCUAGUGGAGUUUGGCAAAGCAUAAGAAUUUCUUGCUAUCAUGGAGAACAAGAGAACAAUAUUUGUCUGCGUACUGUUGGCGGUUUUAUUUGCCGUUUCAUUACAGGCCGCGUCAAGUACUGCAGAUAAUGUUGCCACAGCGCCUCCCGCACCGGCUCCUGCGCCAGUGAUGACAAAAAAAGAGUGUGGCAAUAAAUGCAAAGUGAGGUGCCAGAAAGUUCGAGCUCACCAGGAUCGGUGUUUGAAUUACUGCAACGAUUGCUGUAUGUUAUGUAAAUGUGUUCCAAGCGGACAAUAUGGAAACAAGGAUGAGUGCCCCUGUUACAGAGACAGGAAGAACUCUAAGGGCGGUUCGAAGUGCCCUUGAGACUAGUGUUGCACUCAUCUUCGUCAAUUUUGGUGAGCUGGUGGUCAUAUGGGAGGCUACUGUAGGGUUUAUAGGUGUAAUAAAUGUAGAUCUGUCAUCGUCUUUAUUGUCUGUCAACGAUCUGUCACCAAAGAGAGAUUUUGAGUGACAGUUGGUAUGGUUUCGUUAGGAGUGUAGUUAAUAUUAGUACAUAGACAGACACUGGCAUAUCAGAGGGUUAGUUUACAGUCUUGUGAUUUGGUCUGGAAUCUAUUUUCUUAGGCCAUCGUAUCUUUGUAGAUAAUAAUAUUUAUAUGAUAUUUCUCAUGAAA